AUGCUGCCUCGGGACAUGCCCUUUGGUGGGGGUAAGCCUCCUAAUUACCAUUUGGGGGCAGAGGUAUAUCACCCCAAUUUCUGUGCUAGACAGCUUGGCUGCCCCCAACUCAUUCCUCUUAAGUCUUAUAGAAGCUGCAACCGUGCCACCUCGUGGAGGGAUUCUGACGAUUUGGAUGUGCACAAGGACUGCAGAUGUUGGGUGAACAAGAUCAACAAUAGUGUGGUUGCCCUUUAUCCAUCAUGGGAACCUAAUUCCUGCAGCUCCAGUGAGUUUGAUGCCUGGUGGAAGGCUCGCUUUGCUGGUCUGCCAGAUGCUAGUACUGCUGUGAAAACCCUGUUUGAUUCAUGGGACUUGGGGACUGUUCUGGCAGAGCCAGAAGCAAGAAAAUUCCUGGUGCAGAUGGUCAAGGGCAUAAACGCUCAAGUGAUAGAAGAUCCUUCUAUGACUAGAAACCUUGGGGGACAAAGCAUCCAAGCUAGGGGGAAGAAUAAAAGGAAAGAAGUCACACAGGCUCGGGAUAGUGCUCUCCAGCCUGAUCCCCAAGUUGAAAACUCCCCUUCUUCUUCUAAAGCAAAGAGAUCGAGAAAGAAGGUUGUUGAAGAGAGGGAAGAGCCAUCAGCAGUUCUUAUUGAAACCACAGAAACUGAUGAAGAGCUGCGAGAAGCCUUUGAGGCUGUGGAGGCAGGACGUUCUGCUGCUGCUUCUGCGCCUGAUAUUGAGGCAGAGCAUUCUGCUGCUGCUUCUGCUGGUCCUGUGGCAGAGGUCCAGACUGCUGGGGUUGUGGCUGUAGUGACCAGUCCUCUGAAACCCCCUAUUGUGGCUAUGCCGAUCCACUCUAUUCCUAGCUCUCCUGCUACUGCCUCAUUUGCGGGUCCAGAGCUGGCGGAAUUUGAGGCUAUGUACCUGGAUGCCCAACUAGACAGAUUAGAGCAGCUUUUUUCUAACCCAAGCAAGGCCAAGUCUAGAGCAGUGGAUGAGGCGGUGGACAGAGUUAGGAUAUGGCAGUCAACGGAGCUGGAUUUGGAUGAAGGUGGGGAGGCCAUAGAUCAAUUAAUGCAGGAUCUGGACCUGCUGCAUAAGCAAAAUGUGGCUCCCAGGCCCAUCCUUGAGAUUAGCCUUGGCCUGGCAAGAGACGUGCUUAAUCUCCACAACUGUUAUGAAGAUCUCAAGCCCUUAUUCAAGGCUUCUGAAUUCUGUCAAGCCACUCAUGAAGCUAAUCUGGCUGACUAUAAGAAGCAAAAAGCAGAAUUGGAUACGAUGGUUGCGGAUUACAAAGAAACGAAAACUGAUGCUGAUAAACUGGAAAAGCACAUUUAG